ACCACUGUUUUAACUACACAGCUGAGUGAAGAUGUGGAACAAGUAUCUGAAAACCCAACAGAUGAGAGAGAAGGAGAGAUGGGAGUUGAUGAAGAUACCAGCUCUGCCAUUUUACCAGAUAGUGAACUGGGUACCAGUGCCCCUUUCUUGCAUUUCAGCAAGACCUGCCUAAAGAAUGUGUUUUCAGUAAUUCUCCUGUUCAUUUAUCUGCUACUUAUGGCUGUAGCUGUGUUCCUUGUCUACCAAACCAUCAGUGACUUCAGGGAGAAGCUCAAGCACCCUGUGAUGUCUGUCUCUUACAAGGAAGUGUCCUUGUAUGAAGCACCAGGUAUUGCCUUUUACCCAGGAAAGGCUCGGCUGCUUAGCUGCAAGCAUCAUUACUAUGAUCACAUUCUGCCUCUGAUAAAUCCAGGUCAGCCGGGAGACAUUGAGUGCACCACGCAGAGAAUCAACUACACAGAUCCUUUUACUAAUCAAACUAUGAAGUAUGCUUUGGUUGUUCAAGGCCCUCGUGACGUGAAGAAGAAGGAGCUGGUGUUUUUGCAGUUUCACUUAAAUGGAACAGACCAAGAUUUUAGUGCCAUUGACUACCUUCUGUUUUCUUCUUUCCAAGAGUUCGUCAACAGUCCAGAAAAAGCAGAAUUCAUGAAGGACUGUGAAAGUUCAUACUCCAGCUGGAAGUUUUCUGGAGGCUUUCGAACUUGGGUCAAGAUGUCCUUGGUGAAAACAAAGGAAGAGGAUGGUAGAGAGACUGUGGAAUUCAAACAAGAGACUAGUGUGGUUAACUACAUUGACCGGAGGACUAAGCUGAGAAGUGACCAGCUGUUCUUUGUGGUAUUUGAAUGGAAAGAUCCUUUUAUACAGACUGUUCAAGAUAUAAUCACAGCAAAUCCUUGGAACACGAUUGCUCUUCUCUGCGGUAUCUUUCUGGCUCUGUUUAAGGCUGCAGACUUUGCUAAGUUAAGUGUUAAGUGGAUGAUCAAAAUCCGAAAGAGACAUCUGAAGAGAAGAAGUCAAGUAAUGAACCAUAUAAGCUGAGACUAAAACUACCCUGUUACUAUCUGCACCAGAAGGGACAGAGCACAACUGGAAUAAGCUUCCAUUGGCAAUACAGCAAACAGGUAUGUUUUCUUCAGGAAAAACACAGCUGCUGGAGAAACAGCCUCAUGAACUGACAUCUGAACUCCUGAGAAGAGUUUAACUCUAGGAAUGCUAGGACAGCUCUAACAAACUCAUGCUUUUCUAUUCCAGAUUUAACAAGUUUACCUCGGUAUGUGGGGGGAGUGAGGAGAUUUCACUAAUGUAGCAGUUAGAUUCUUUAAAAACAAACAAACAAAAAAAAAAAGAACUGUUUUGAAUGCUUCUCACAACGGGGGUGUGAAAGUGCUGCCUGAGCUCUGAACCUGCAUCUGCUACCAGAAUGCAGUUACUUCUUUGACCAUACUUAGUGGAAGGUAAAACGGAAACAUCAAAACAGUCCAGCCUCCCCUCUCCAAAGAAUGUUAAAACAAAAUACACUGGAAUUCUACUACAUCAUUUUUCAUUUAAAGUGUAUUGACUUGAAUAUUAAAAAAAAAAAAUAAAAAAAUUGGAGUGAGCUGUCAUAUCCUUCUCUGAAACUGCCUGCUCUCAGAUGCAGCUGGAGUUUUACAGGAGGUAAUCCAGACAGGAGUAUUAAUGCAAGAUGUUGAAGUUUAAUAAGUAGACUUUUAUGUAUGUAUUUCUGAUCAAUCUAACUCAAGCACCUCGAUAGUUUCAGAGAUAGACUUAGGCUGCUGCUCCUCUCUAUUUCUUGCAGUCUUUGCUAAGGUUUUAGAGAAGCCUUUCAUCAGCCUGGCACUUAAAUGUGAUUCUCUGUUAUAAAGAGAAUGUGCACUAACGAGCUGUGCUGGGGUGGUGGAGUCCUUUUCUUCCUUAUAAGUCCCUUACUGGUCAGCUGCCUAACAACUCGGAGCUGUGCAGUCUACAAGGCAGCUGUGCACCCCUCACCGCUAUGUGUGUGUGCUCUGGAAGGUUUGUUGCAAAGAAGGAAGCCACAUCAUAUUUUGCUUCUUCCAUCCUCUACUACUGCCUUGUUAAUGAAGUGGUAAGUGUACUCCCACUUUUUUUUUUUUUCCUUCUAAAGAAGUGUUGUGGGACAAAAUGUACUAACUUUCAGGUGAUUGCCAGAGCAAAAUCAAGGCACUUAGGUUUAGAAGCCGCAUUCUAAGUGCUU